AUGAACGGAAACCGAGAUAGCUUUGGGCAGCGGGGCCCCAAAGAGCGCCUGGCUAAGGAACUGAUCAUGAAGUCGACUAAGGGAGACUUUGACCGAGUCUAUGAGAUUCUCCGGGAUGAUCUCGUCCUGGCCGAUGUUGCCGACAGCAGGGGCUUUACGGCGUUGGCUGCAGCCACGAUUCAUUCCCACAAUGCUAUCAUCAACCUUCUUCUUGACAAUGGAGCCAAUGUGAAUGUGUGUACAGAUGAGGGGGUCACGCCGCUGUGUAUGUGUUUUGUUCUCUAUUAUCCAAAUGACAAGUUUAAGGCCAAUAUCGCAGAGAGGAACUUGGUGAUCAAACCCAUGGAAAAACUACUUGGCAGCUGCAUCAAAGAAUCGACUUUUCGAACCUCUUCAUCGGACGUAAAGAGGUUCACGGAGAAGGCGGCCAGUAAUGUAGACGGAGCCAUUUCUCAGCUCUUUAAAAGUCAGUCCGAGUUGAGGUCAAGCGUUCUUAAGAGAGAGGAAUCGACGCUGACCCCUUCUGAGAAAGCAGUUUCCUCAGAAACCAGCAAGAUGCUAGAUGACGUAAAGACGACUGUUGAACAGACCACCCAAAGGAGCAUCUCGACAAAUUUUGAAUCGACUCUCUGCCUAUACAACUAUCCCAUAGAGGUCUCCAAAGACAUAAUGGAGAAGACAGCCAAUGCCUAUGCCUCCUUGAAAGUUAAGCCCCAUGAAAGUGCAGAGUCAGAUCCAGGAACAGUGAGGAAGAUGGCACAGUCUAUCAUAGAGUAA